GUUUUCUAAAUCAUCAAACAACUGUGGUGUCGGAAGAGAAAAAACGAGCCGUUUGUUCCGAGUUGAAGGUACGGAGGGCGUAGGACGCCUCAACACCAAAGGGACGCUCUCCUCUAAUCUGUUUGAAUACUUUCUUACGGAAUUCUUAGGUCAAACAGUUAGGUCACAAAAUGUAUGCUCUUUUUGCUCUCAUAAACGCAUGGUCAACUCUUAUAGCGAGUGUUGAAACAAGUUCCGUUAUCUACUCUGAGGUAGGAGAGAACGUGUUCAUACCAUGCCACUGCGAUAGUAAAUGUAAUUCGAUACUAUUGAACUGGUUACGCAUCCAGCAAAACGGAUCACUGGAAAUCAUUAACACGAAUGGAGAGCGGUUCCUGACAAAUGGUUUGACAAAUGGUUUGACAGGACUUCAGAUUUUACACGUGGACAAGUCAGACUCCGGGCGUUACUACUGCGGAGAGCAGGUCAACUAUCAGGGAUUCCAUGGCGAUGGUGUGAUUUUGCAUGUCGAAGAGGCCUCGUCAAUGGCUAACUACAAUAAAAUCAGUCCUAAAGCUAUUUUGCUGACUGAGGACCAAAGCGAUGAACAGGAAAUAAAUGAUUUGGAUGAUGACAUUGGAGAAAGGCACCACAGAUUGCGUUGCGUUGUAAACGGGCUCAGCUCACCAACGGUCACAAUUCAAUUCCUGUCAUCAAAGGGAGCGAAAUCUGAGGGCCAAACAUGGACAUCGUUGAUGAAGAAUAACCAAUAUUCUGUACUAAGUGCAUAUAAGGUGAGAUCAGUUUGGUACAGAGGCAGAAAUGAAGAUCAUAAACAUUACGGGAGAGAGGAGACUGAAGAAGGUUGGAAUGUGACAGCGUGGUGGUGCGAAGUUCAAACUGGAAAGAACCGCACACUGAAAAGCAACGAAACUGUUCUUUUCCAACAGUCACACCCUGACGUGUGUUUGCCUUUACUGUAUUCAGCUGUGGCAGUUGCAGGGCUGUGUGUGGUGUUCAUCAUCAUUAUCACAGCUCACGCAGUUUGGAGCAUGCGUCAAGGUACAGCUGUUCCACAGGAUCAAGGUUCUCCCAUGCAUGACCUUCAGACAGAUGUGACGUACGCCAGUGUAAUGUUCAACCAAUCAGCUGGGCCAGGAAGAAGACAGCGUUACAACCCUGAAGACAAUCAGCAAUACACUGUUCUCAGAUACAGCCAGAAGUGAACAGAGUUCAGCACCCUCAUUUAAACACAAACUACACUUCAGCAAAAUGACCAAAGAAAACCCACCUGUAUGCAAAUCCAGGGCUGGCCCAAGCCUUUAUGGGGCCUUAAGCAGAUUUUUAUUUUAAUUAAGGGGAGUCAGGUGGCUGAGCAGUUAGGGAAUCGGGCUAGUAAUCAGAAGGUUGCCGGUUCGAUUCCCUGCCGUGCAAAAUGACGUUGUGUCCUUGGGCAAGGCACUUCACCCUACUUGCCUCGGGGGGAAUGUCCCUGUACUUGUACAAAAUGUACUUACUGUA